UAACUGUAACUGAGCCUGUUGCUAUACUGAAAGCGGCUGAGGUAUGGGGUGCUUUAAGAGGUUUGGAAACCUUCAGCCAGUUGGUUCAUGAAGAUGACUAUGGAAGUUUUCUUGUCAAUGAAUCUGAAAUUGAUGACUUCCCAAGAUUUGCUCAUAGAGGAAUCUUAAUAGACACUUCAAGGCAUUAUUUGCCAGUGAAAUCUAUUCUUACAAACCUGGAUGCCAUGGCUUUUAACAAGUUCAAUGUUCUCCACUGGCAUAUAGUAGAUGACCAAUCAUUCCCUUACCAGAGUAUUUUUUUCCCUGAGUUAAGCGAAAAGGGAGCCUACUCCUAUAACCACGUCUAUACUCCUACUGAUGUCCGUGUGGUGAUUGAGUAUGCCCGGCUCAGAGGCAUCAGGGUUAUACCAGAGUUUGAUACCCCAGGACACACGCAGUCUUGGGGAAAAGGUCAAAAAGAUCUUCUCACCCCCUGUUACAGUGGACAACAGCCAACUGGGUCCUUUGGACCUGUAAAUCCCAUUUUGAAUACAACUUAUGACUUCAUGGCUAAAUUCUUCAAAGAGAUCAGCAGUGUAUUUCCAGAUGCAUACAUUCAUUUGGGAGGAGAUGAAGUGGACUUUUAUUGUUGGAGAUCCAACCCUGACGUGAAGCAGUUUAUGAAGAAGCAAGGAUUUGGCUUGGACUAUGCUAAGCUGGAAUCUUACUAUAUUCAGAGGAUUUUGGAAAUUGUUUCUUCCUAUAACAAAGGAUACAUGGUCUGGCAAGAAGUGUUUGAUAACAAAGCGCAGCUCAAAUCAGACACUGUAGUUGAAGUGUGGAUGGCAAACAACUAUGCUGAUGAACUGAGCAGUGUCACUAAAGCUGGGCACACAGCUAUCCUGGCAGCUCCCUGGUACUUAGACUACAUUAGUUAUGGACAAGACUGGAAGAAAUACUACAGAGUUGAACCACUUAGAUUCCACGGAUCUGAAGAACAGAAAAAGCUUUUAAUUGGUGGAGAAGCCUGCCUUUGGGGGGAAUUCGUGGAUGCAACUAACAUCACACCAAGAUUAUGGCCUCGAGCAAGUGCUGUAGGGGAAAGACUCUGGAGCAGUAAGAAUGUGACCGACUUGGAGGAUGCCUAUAGAAGACUAACUAAUCAUCGAUGCCGCAUGCUCCAACGUGGCAUAGCAGCGGAGCCUGUGUUUGUUGGAUACUGUGCCCAUGAAGCAAGAGGGGAGUAG